AUGCGUUCCUCAGCUUCGUCGAUCGGCUUGGGAAGAAGAAACAUCACUUCUGGCAGUAGCAGUAGGAGCCCCAAACUCUCCUCGAAUGCGCCAGCGGGAAAUCAAUUGGCGCAAAAAGACUUAGGUCGUCGAGCAAUAUCUUUUGGACAAGGUCAGGUAGCGAGGAAUGAGCCUCCGCAGUAUAGAGGUCCAGGUGGCUUGGAAUCAACCCCGCCUUCAGAGGUUGAGGGGCGAGCUCUCUUGAAGCCGAACAACCUCUUCCACUCUUUCUCGAAUUCGCCAUCCCCCGAAAUCAGGAGACGGGCAGCUUUCAUGAAACAAAACGCCUACUGCCCACACCCAGAUCAUCACCAGACUCGAUUGCCAACAAAUCCAGAUGAUCACGAAGCACGGAAACCUGCUACCGGCGCAUUACCACCUGCCCACGUCAGUUUCGAAUGCCCAGAUUGCGGAAUACCUGUGUCGUGUUCAGAAGAGCACUGGGCGGAUGAUUAUGAGACACAUUUGGAGAUAUGUGAUACCUUACGAGAGAUAAAUGAGGAUGACCAUGAUCUACGCUCCGGCCGGUUCUUUCCCGAGUUCGAAUACCCUUCUGACCAGAUUGAGGAGGCCAUGGUUAAUAUGACGAAUUGGGAUACUCUACUCUUUUCAAGAGAGUUCAAGGCUAUCAAUGAUGAAAGGAGUUUGAGGCAAGCGACUAGGUUGUUGACAUAUCCUCUUACUAUUGGAAGUGUGCUACAUGAGUUGAGUCCCUACAACAUUAAGAAAGGUGGAAGAUUGACGGUCGAAGGUCUUAAGAGUUUGAGUGCUCUUCGUUACAAUCUACAUCCUGCACGAACUGGUGGUGGAUCUGAGAUUAAGAAUCUUAGACCAACGCCUCCACCAGUGAGAAUCUUUAUUUUAGGUGCUCGCGCAGAAUCUUCAUUGCCAAGAGAAGUGUGGGUGCAGCUAGCACAUCUAUUUCCUCGGGUCACAUUCCAUCUGAUCUUCAUCGGCCCCGAAAGUAUGGCGAACAGAGAUGCCGAAUUUCCUUUACCUGAACGAACUCCGGGAAAUCCUUUUGGCGCAAUUGUUGAGGAUCGCAUAACCAACUCCUUGAAGAUUAGUACCUUUGUGGAGUAUUAUCACACCCUUCACAAAGCUGGUCACUUUUAUCCUUAUGAUCCUUACUUUGACUGCUUCAUGCUUUUCCAUCCUGGUUUGGGACACCCAGCUAGCUCACAUGAGUGGGCGGAAACCAUCCCACAACUGCUAGAGACCAAAGUACCAAUUCUGGUGACUGGAUACACACAAUACGACAUGGAUCGCGAUAUUGAUUGGGUCAAGAAAACUGUAGGAGGAGAAAUGGACAUGCUCAUGGAACCAGGAGAGAAUCGUUUUCGAAGUUUGAGAUGGGAUCUGAAUGAUAUGGACCCUCAAGACAUUAGCUGUGGUAACUGGGGUGUUUGGGCAUUCAGAGGAAAGAGAUAUGAGACUACAAGGGGCAAAGAAUAG